AUGAUCCGGACCACAUAUCUCUGGAUGUCCCUCGCGGCGCUGAACAUCUUUCCACCCCUCACCGCCUCCGCAACAUGUGUCGAUGACCCUCGUCGGCGGUGCCUCUCGUUUGAGUCCGAGAAGUUCAUCACCAACGCGACGCGCACCCGGCUCGAAUAUGUCCCCCGUGGCACGACGCUCCAGCUUUCCGACAAUGAUGCCUCGUGCAAUCGCCCGUCGCAGCUGGUAGAGGCGAACCUGUGCCGGAUCGCCCUACAGAUUGACACGUCUCACCGCUCAGGCAUCACGUUUGAGCUCUGGCUGCCCGACGACUGGCCCGCUGGGCGGUUGGUCUCGACUGGGAAUGGCGGGGUGGACGGAUGCGUCAAGUACGAGGAUCUCGCGUAUACCACUGGCCUCGGGUUUGCGGCCAUGGGCACCAACAACGGCCACAACGGGACCACUGGCGUCUCCUUUUACCACAACCCCGACGUGCUAGAAGACUUUGCCCAUCGCGCUCUUCAUACUGGCACUGUGGCAGCCAAGACGCUGACUGAGGCGUUCUACCAAAAGCCUCCCGCCCGGUCAUAUUACAUUGGCUGCUCCCUCGGAGGCCGCAUGGGCAUCAAAGGCGCGGAGCUCUACCCCGAUGACUACGACGGAAUUGUCGCGGGAUGUCCCGCCGUGGACUUCAACCACCUUCAGGGCCAGCGGGCCAUGUUUUACCCCAUCACCGGGCCCGUGGGGUCGCCCAACUACAUCAGUCACCAACUUUGGACGGGCCUCAUCCAUGACGAAGUCCUCAAGCAAUGCGAUGGACUCGAUGGCGUAGUUGACGGCAUAAUUGAAGUUCCUGAUCGCUGUCACUUCCAGCCCGAAGCUCUUCUUUGUGCGUCGGAUCAGCAUGAUGGCCAAUGCCUUAAUGAGCAGCAGGUUGAGCAAGUGCGCAAGAUCUACGCCCCGUAUACAUACCCCGAUGGAUCUCUCAUUUUCCCGCGAAUGAACCCAGGCAACGAGAUACAGGCCGUACAGAAGCUCCUCGCUGGCGCUCCGUUCAGCUACUCACAGGACUGGUUCCGGUACGUCGUUCUCAAUGACCCGACGUGGGACGCCAUCCACUACGACUCUUCCCUGGCACGACGCGCCGACGACCUCAACCCAUUCAACAUCCGAACCUACCCUCAAACUCUCCCUCCAUUCAAAGCACGCGGCGGCAAGAUCAUCUCCUACCACGGCGGGCAAGACAACCAAAUCACCAGCUUCAACACGGCGCGCUUCUGGGACCACAUGGCGAGCGCGGACCAGCAGCUGCACGACUACUUCCGCUUCUUCCGCGUAUCCGGCAUGUUUCACUGCAACAGCGGCCCGGGCGCAUGGGCGUUUGGGCAAGGCGGCGGUGCACCGGCCAAGGGGAUCGCGUUUGAGCCCCAGACCAACGUGCUUGCCGCCGUCGUGGCCUGGGUGGAGAGGGGCGAGGCACCGGAGACGUUGACGGGGACCAAGUUUGUCAAUGACACGGCUGCCCUUGGGAUUGACUUUCAGCGGAGGCACUGCUUGUACCCGAAGGCGCAGACGUAUGUGGGCGGCGACCACAAGGAGCCGUCCAGUUGGAAGUGCCUGUAG